CCUGCCAAAAAGUUGAAGCUUCAACUUGUGCAACUGCACUCGAAUACCCCCCGGCGUAUUCUUCCCUACAUCAUCACCCAUCGCAGUUACCGCCGUGCGCUCUGAGAGAAGAGCUUCAGAACGCGCGUCACCCAUCUAUCAGGCGUAUAACAAAGCAGUCAACCAAGCAAUCGCAGAAUCUGCGACCCCCGCGAUCAUGUCCUACAACCCAUACGGUGGAGGUAAGUGUUUUGCGACCAACAAGCUGGCCGUGCGCCCGAGCUUUGGAAUUCCCCCGAAUGCUGACUUCAGGUAUCGUCUCAGUGCCCGGCUUUGGGCCUCCGCCGAGUUACAACUCAUAUCCCGGAGCCAAUGGCCCCCCUCCGGGUAUGUCAACACCACCGGGUCUAGGACCUCCUCCAGGCAUGUCUGCCCCCGGAAUGGCGCCUCCAGGUGUCCAGCAGCCGAUUAUCAAUCAAGCUAAUCGACCUAGCGGCUUGCCUUCAAACUUCCAAGCUCCCCCGAACAUGCCCAACAUAAACUUCAAUGCCCCAGUGAUCCGGCUGGGCACCAUUCCCGCAAAGCCCUCCACCCCCGAUGUCCCAGGACGCAGGGAAGGCGGGCCGCCCCAGUCAGGCGGUCCGCGUUCUGGCCUGGGCAUGGAGCGAGGCAUUGAUCAGAGUCGUCAGGCUAUUCGAGAGAGCAUGCAGGCCCUCGUCCCCCCGACCAAGGAAGAGAUUGUUCGCACCAUCUACGUACAAGGUAUCACCGACGGCAUCCGCGGCAACGAGGGCAUCGAGGCAAUCCUCAAGAUUGUCGGGAACCUGCGGAAAUGGGAGAGGGCAGCCGAUGCCGCCGGUAAAGAAUUACCCUUUGGCUUCGCUCAGUUUGAGGAUGCCGAAUCAUUGUGGGUGGCUUCGGAACUUCUUAGGGAGAUACAAAUACCCACAAAGAAACAGGCGCCCGCAGAGGCUCCCGCAGAUGCGGACGACUCGUACCAAGACUUCGACAAGACGCCACUGCAGUUCAAGCUGGACGAAAACACCACAAACUACCUCGAGUCCUACGUCCAAGGGCGAUCAAACGAGUCAGAGGCAGAAGCUAGACUUUCCGCCGCCAUAGGUGCGUUGAAGCAGACCGUCCGCAAUUUCUUCUACCCUUCCUUGAAAACAGGAGCAGACGCCGACGGCGAUGUCGCCAUGGGCAACACCGGACAGGGCGGAGAGAAUGUCGAAGUCGUCAACAUCCCCCUGGCUCAAGAAGACGAGCUGGCCGAUAUACCUGCAGAGAUGCGCGAAACCGUUGCUGCCGAGAUUGCUGCUUUCAGAGAACGAAGCAUCAAGCGCGACUUGGAAAGACUGAAGAGGGAAGAGGAGCUGGAGGCAAUGGAACGCCAACGUGCUGCUGGCAACAGGCCUUCGAGGCUUGCUUCGCCGCCGCCGGGUGCCGGUAGCAACAACACACCACUUGGCCCGCGAGGCGUUCCCAACGCACCAUCUGGCCCCAAGGGUCAGAAGACAGACCUCGGCAAAGACUACAACCGAUCAGUCAACUUUGUCAACGGUGGCAUCACCAACGGUGGACUGGUGCUGAACCGAGAAGACGAAGACAGCGAUGCUAGCGAUGACGAACUGGAACGUCGACGUGUGGCCAAACAGCAGUCCGAGACAGAGAAGCUCUACCUGGACGCUGAGCGACGAUGGUUGAACAGAGAAAGGACAAGAGCGGCUGCUCUGGAGCGAGAGAGGGAACGCGACGAGACCGACGACGCGCACGUGGAAAAGAACCGGGAAGCAAUGCUCGACCGCUUCAAGCACUUCGACGACGAUGCCGAGGCUUCUCGGAAGAAGGAGGAAUACUAUGCCGACCGUAGUGCGUGGAUUCGGAACAGGACAGCCUUCCGUGCCCGAGAAAUCGCCGCCGACGAUGCAGACCGUGCAGCAGAGGAGCAAGACCAAGCCUCGGAAGAAGCCGACCGUGAACAGGCCAGGGGCAUGGCAGACUCGUUUCUCAAUGAGCAAGCCCGGGAGUCGGAGCAACGACAACCGAGACCUGGUGUUGCUGCACCUCAACCAUUCAAGUUAUCGCUCGGCGCAGCAGCUCAGAGAGCACAGGCGCAGCGUGCUGCCCCUCAACGAAAGACAGUCGCCGAAGUCGAAGGCCUUCUCGAGGACGAAGAGGAGGACAACAAGAAGAGGACCAUUAUUCCCAUCAAGUUCGACCCAGCCGACGCUGCCGCCAUGUCGAGCGAGGAUCGCGAGCAAGCCGUACGAUCUCUCGCCCAGGAAAUCCCCAACGAGAAAGACGGCCUGUGGCAAUGGGACAUCAAAUGGGACUUUUUGGACGAGGGUGUUAUUCGCGACAAGCUACGACCUUUCGUGGAGAAGAAAUUGGUUGAAUAUCUAGGUGUGCAGGAGGAAUUGCUUAUUGAAGUUGUUGAGGAGCAUCUCAGAAAGCAUGGCAAGCCAGCAGAGCUUGUCGAAACACUGGAAGAGGCUUUGGACGACGAGGCGGAGGCACUGGUCAAGAAAUUAUGGAGAAUGGUCAUUUUCUAUACAGAAAGCGAAAAAAGGGGUCUCUCCGCAUAGUUCGAGGUACUCAAUAACGGCCCUGAGGUUUGCUGUACAUAUAUAAGUGUUGUCAAGUGUGCGAGGUGAUUAUCCACCGCUUGGCACAAGGUAGGCUUUGGUCAAAUUGGCGUUUGGCGUCUGAAACUCGCAGCUUACGCAGUACCACCGCUAAAUGGAAAGACGGCGUUGAGAACGUCCCCGCCAUGCUGGUUGAAAUCGCUAGUUGUCGGUCUUGCAAUGUAUCCCUGUAUCGUUUCCAGUUUCUCUGCAAAUGAAAGGUUGCCUGUAUUAGAAGCAAUGCUAAUCCC